GCCCAGGCUCCGUGGAGACUGAGUCGCGGUCGCAGCCCUCGCGCAUGCGCCCUCGGUGCCCCGAGCCGCCCGCUCGGACUUCCGGUUUGGGAGCUGUACUUGGGAGGCUGGAGAGCCCGGGCCGGGGUCGGGGUUGGACCCCAAGUGGGUGAGAUUGGCCCGGAGGCAAGGAUGCGAGGGGGCUGAGGGGCAGCUCGAGAGGGAGACACUCCCAGGGGUGGGCUGGAGGGCGCCCUCAGGGCGCCUUAGCCGGGUCAGAGGCCUCUGGAGGGACCGCACGACGGCUUUGGGUGACCCGGCCGGAGGGAGCGGAGACAAAAGAGGCCAGAAUCCCGCAGUCGCCGCUCCUUGAGCUGAGAGCUCGGCGUCCGCGAACCGGCAGCACCUGGAGCCUCUGGCCGACUCCCGAGCACGUCCUCAGGAAGUCCGUUACUACUGCCCCUUGGACUCUCCAACGCAGUGUGACUCUCCCCAAGCCCACUCGGUCCUCGCUUUGGAGCCAAAACCAGCUUAUCUCCUUGCGCGAGGUUUUCCGACAGGAAGAAACUCCUCUUACAGAGAGUCAUCUGCAGGGGACUCUCCAAGGACAUGGGAAGAUAGAUGUAAGCCCUGGAACCCAGACUCUUAAGUGGAGGGAAGCUGCUUUCUGCUGUUAAUGAUGGCCAAAUCCGCUCAGAGAGAGAAAGGCACUAACUCUGAGAGCUUCCGACAGCGUUUCAGGAGAUUCCAUUACCAGGAGGUGGCUGGGCCGCGGGAGGCUUUCAGCCAACUCUGGGAACUUUGCUGUCGGUGGCUAAGGCCGGAGGUGCGCACCAAGGAACAGAUUGUAGAACUGUUGGUGCUAGAGCAGUUCCUGACCGUCUUACCUGGGGAGAUCCAGAAUUGGGUACAGGAACAAUGUCCAGAAAAUGGAGAGGAGGCAGUGACUCUCGUGGAAGAUUUAGAAAGAGAGCCUGGAAGACCUGGAUCUUUGGUCACAGUCUCUGUGAAGGGGCAGGAAGUGCGCUUGGAGAAGAUGACACCCCCGAAAUCAUCACAAGAGUUAUUAAGUGUUCGGCAGGAGUCAGUGGAACCCCAGCCCAGGGGUGUACCCAAGAAAGAGAGGGCAAGAAGCCCAGACCUGGGACCACAGGAGCAGAUGAACCCAAAGGAGAACCUCAAACCUUUUCAAAGGAGCGGAUUUCCAUUUCCUCAGUCCGGUGUGGUCUCCAGGUUGGAGCAAGGAGAGCCAUGGAUCCCAGAUCUGCUGGGCUCCAAGGAGAAAGAACUUCCAAGUGGCAGCCACACAGGAGACAGACGAGUGCAUGCUGAUCUGUUACCAUCCAAGAAAGAUAGAAGAAGCUGGGUGGAACAGGAUCACUGGAGCUUUGAAGAUGAGAAGGUGGCAGGUGUGCACUGGGGCUAUGAAGAGACCAGAACGCUUCUCGCAAUUCUCAGCCAGACUGAGUUUUUUGAGGCUCUCAAAAGCUGUCAUAAGAACAGCCAAGUGUAUGGGGCUGUGGCUGAGCGGCUCAGGGAAUAUGGCUUCCUCCGGACCCUGGAACAGUGUCGGACCAAGUUCAAAGGUCUCCAGAAGAGCUAUCGGAAAGUCAAGAGCGGCCACCCACCUGAGACCUGCCCCUUCUUUGAAGAAAUGAAAGCCCUGAUGAGUGCUCAGGUCAUUGCCCUGCCCAAUAAUGGCCUGGAAGAAGCAGCCUCUCACUCUUGCCUGGUGAGCAAUGAUGCUAAGACUGAGGAGCCAGGGCGGAGGGGCUGGCAGCAUGAGGAGGGAGCAGAAGAGGCUGUGGCUCAGGAGUCUGACAGUGAUGACAUGGAUCUAGAGGCGACCCCCCAGGACCCCAACUCAACUGCAGCUAUCGUGUUCAGAAACCCAGGUGGUGUACACUGGGGCUAUGAAGAGACCAAGACUUACCUUGCAAUUCUUAGUGAGACCCAGUUUUAUGAAACCCUCCGGAACUGUCACCGCAACAGCCAGCUGUAUGGAGCAGUGGCUAAGAGGUUACGGGAAUAUGGCUUUCUUAGGACCCCGGAGCAGUGUCGGACCAAGUUUAAAAGCCUGCAAACCAGCUAUCGGAAAGUUAAGAAUGGCCAGGCACCAGAGACCUGUCCCUUCUUUGAAGAGAUGGAUGCUUUGGUGAGUGUCCGGGUUGCUGUCCCAUCCAAUGAUGGCCAGGAAGAAACAGCUUCUUGCCCCAUCCAGGGGACCAGUGAGGCCAAAGCUCAGAAGCAAGCCGAGGAGGUAGACGAGACCACAGAGGAAGAUUCUGAUGAUGAAGAAGAUACCGAGGUACUCCCAGGGGCUGUCAUAACCCGUGCUCCAGUGUUAUUCCAGAGCCCCCGUGGUUUUGAAGCUGGAUUUGAGAAUGAAGAUAAUUCAAAACGGGAUAUUUCUGAGGAAGUACAGUUGCAUAGGACAUUACUUGCAAGGUCUGAAAGGAAAAUUCCCUGGUAUCUUAAUCAAGGUAAAGGCAAUGAGAGAGACUGUAGAUCAGGAAGACAGUGGGUAAAGACCUCAGGGGAGAAAAGAGGAAAACUGACACUACCAGAGAAGAGCUUAAGUGAAGUCUUAAGUCAACAGAGAACUUGCUUGGGAGAGAGACCAUAUAAACAUCUCAAAUACAGCAAAGGCUUUGGUCCGAAUUCCCUUCUCAUGCAUCAGGAAUCCCACCAGGUGGAAAAUCCAUAUAAAUGUGCUGAUUGUGGGAAAAGCUUCAGUCGGAGUGCACGACUCAUUAGACACCGGAGAAUCCACACUGGAGAGAAACCUUAUAAAUGUCUUGACUGUGGAAAAAGUUUCCGUGACAGUUCAAAUUUCAUCACCCAUAGAAGAAUCCACACAGGAGAGAAACCUUAUCAAUGUGGUGAGUGUGGGAAACGCUUCAAUCAGAGCUCAAGCCUUAUCAUUCACCAGAGGACCCACACAGGAGAAAAGCCCUAUCAGUGUGAAGAGUGUGGAAAAAGCUUCAAUAACAGUUCUCAUUUUAGUGCACAUCGGAGGAUACACACAGGAGAGAGACCCCAUGUAUGUACUGACUGUGGAAAGAGUUUCAGUAAGAGUUCUGACUUACGUGCACAUCAUAGAACCCACACAGGAGAGAAACCCUAUGGGUGUCAUGACUGUGGCAAGUGCUUCAGUAAAAGCUCUGCCCUUAAUAAGCACCGAGAAAUCCAUGCACGGGAAAAGCUUCUGUCACAGUCAGCACCUAAGUAAGCCCCUGAGGAUAUAUAAAGGAAAGAGGCUCAAUAAAUGUAUUGUUUAGAAAGUCUUCCA